AUGGUCGCCAAAGAUCAGGACUCGAAUUUCCAACAGCUGUGCAAGAUACCUACCGACUAUGGUAUCACCUUUACAAAGUACAAGAGCUCAAAGACCGGCUUGACAGUCGCCAUUGCCGACAUUGAAGCUCCUCUCGUCAACGGCUAUUUUGCACUCGCAACUGAGAGUUUCGACGAUUUUGGCUGUCCCCAUACACUCGAGCACUUGGUAUUCCUUGGAAGUGAACAAUUUCCGUACAAGGGUGUGUUGGAUUCAUUGGCAAACCGUGCAAUCGCCCAAGGAACCAAUGCAUGGACCGAUGUGGAUCAUACAGCUUAUACAAUCAACACGGCUGGAAGUGAAGGAUUCUUGAAGCUGCUACCCAUUUACAUUGAUCACAUCUUGUAUCCCACUUUGACGGAUAGCGGAUAUUACACUGAGGUUCAUCACAUCAACGGCAAGGGCGAGGACGCAGGUAAAUGGGGGAUGGAUGAUUGGCAUGGUUUAUUAUCUGUCAAGGUUGUCUAUAGUGAGAUGCAGGGUUGCCAAAACACGGGUGAUGAUCGGAUACACUUGCGUAUGCGCCGCAUUAUGUUCCCAGAAGGCUGUGGCUAUCGUUCCGAGACUGGUGGAUUAAUGGAACGUCUCCGAGAGCUCUCCGUCGAAAAGAUCCGUGGUUAUCAUCGUGAUUAUUAUCGCCCUGACAAUCUAUGCCUUGUCAUCACUGGCACGGUGGAUCAUGAUCGUGUAUUGCAAGCCCUUGAUCCUGUUGAACGCAAUAUCAUCAGCAAGGGGCCUUUACCUCCCAUGCAAAGACCUUGGAUCAGCACAGGCGACUUUCCCAAUCUAAGCAAGAAUGUCGAGGAAGUGGUAUUGUUCCCUGAUGAGGAUGAAUCAAUGGGCACAGUACUCAUUGCAUGGAAUGGUCCUAUGUGUCAUGAUCAUUUACAAAUCAAAGCCCUCGAAGUCCUCAACGUGUACUUGACCGAAUCUCCUGUGUCGGUGUUGCAAAAGGAAUUUGUAGAGAUUGAGGAUCCUCUUUGCACAGAUGUCGAUUUCCAUGCCACGGAUCAUCUCAAGACGACAUUGAUGUUGACCGCCUCCAACGUUCCUAUGGAAGAGAUGGAUGAGUUCCCCAAGAUGCUGUUUGAUACGCUACAUCGACUUGUUGAGCAAAACGACAUUGAUAUGCACCGUAUGGCUACUGUCAUUGAAAAGGAGAUGCUAAAGUUGUUGGAUGGCAUUGAAACGGAUGCUCAUGAUACGGCCGCUGCCAUUUGCAUUUCAGACUUCCUUUAUGGCGAGCCUGAUGGCAGGGAUUUGAUUGAGACCGUAAAGGAUCAAGAAUACCUAAACAUUUUGGCUGGAUAUGACAAGUCAGAUUGGUUGAAGGUGCUGAAAAGAUGGUACCUGGAUCCCGCCCAUGUGACACUUUAUGGCAAACCAUCGGCUGAAUUUGCAGAGCAAUUAUCUGAAGAGGAAAAGAAGCGUAUUGAGAAGCAACGCGAGGAUCUUGGCGAGGAAAAGCUUAAGGAAUUGCAGGCCAAGCUUGACGAUGCCAUGGCAACCAACGAUGUCACGUUGCCCAAUGAUAUUCUUGAGAAUUUCACCAUUCCCCCUGUGUCUUCCAUCAACUUUAUCAACGUCCUCACUGCCCGAAAUAACGAUGAUGGAAAGUUCCAAAACGAGGUGCAAACGCAUAUCAACAAGGAUAACGGUGCUCAAAUCCCAUUGUUCAUCCAAUAUGACCAUGUCCAAUCACGCUUUAUCAAGAUUUCUGCCCACAUUAGUGCUUCCUCUGUGCCACCACAUCUUUUGCCAUACACACGAUUGCUGCUCAAGGCCAUAUUUUCGCUUCCAGUAGAGGAGGAAGAUGGCCACGUUAUCUCGUAUGAGGAUGUCGUCACUCGUUUAGCCGAGGAUACAGUGGAAUACGAAGCAGGACUUGGAGCUGGUGGUGGUUUUCGGGAAAUUCUUGUGUUUACUAUCAAAACGGAGGCAUCCAAGUAUCAAAAGGGUAUCCAGUGGUUGCAAAACAUCCUGUGGAAUACGCAAUUUACCGCUGAAAGACUCAAGAUUGUUGCCUAUCAAAUCCUGAAUGACAUUCCUCAAGCCAAACGAGAUGGACACAGUAUGACCAAUGCUGUGCUUAGAGCGUUGCAGGUUGAUGCUCGCAAGUCUGUGAAUGCCGCACGUAAUGUCCUGUAUCAAGCAAACUUUUUGCAAGGCAUUGUUCAAAAGUUGGACACUGAUCCAGAAUCGGUUAUCAAGGAUUUGAACACUUUCCGUGAAGCGUUGUGUCGCCCUGAGAACAUCCGUAUUCAUGUCACUGGCAACAUCCUCAAGCUUGAAGCUCCUCGUAGCUCUUUUGCCAAGAUGAGCGUGUCCAUGUCUCCAAAGCAACCUUUGGUACCAGUGACCCUUGCUCAACAGGUCCUUAGCCCUGCAGGUCUCGAUCCCGGUCAGAUUGGAACCGUUGUCAAUUUACCCACGAUCGAAAAUUCGUUCUCUUUGCAAACCGUCAAAGGUCCUAGCAACUUUGGUGAUCCUGAUAUCCCAGCCUUGUUGGUUAUGUCAGAGCUUUUGGAUACAAUGGAAGGCAUCUUUUGGAAGUUUAUUCGAGGACAAGGAUUGGCCUAUUCGUGUUUCUUGAGUACGGAUGUGGAGUCUGGUUUGAUCAGUUUCACCAUUUACCAGUCGCCUGAUGCAUACAAGGCCGUUGCACAAGCCAAGAUGGUCAUUGACCAGUUAGCCAGUGGAGAGAUGAAGAUUGAGACCUCUGCCGUUGAUGGUGCCAAGAGUGCUGUGAUGUAUAGCAUGGUCGCAAGAGAAAACUCGAUGGAUCGUGCUGCUCAACAAUCAUUUGUGAAUCAAGUCUUGAAACAAGUUCCUUCGUCGUACAAUCGUGAUUUGCUUUCUGCCAUUCAGGAAACAACAUUGGAUGAUCUAAAACGGGUACUCAAGAAAUACUUUGUCAACAUGUUCAAGCCUGGAGCAUGUAACAUUGUUGUCGUCAGUUCUCCCACCAAGACUGAAGAUAUUCGAAAAGGAUUCUCUUCUCUCGGAUUUGAGCUCACAGUCACCUCAUUGAAUGAUUAUUCGAAUCCAUAG